UCUAGUGAAGUGGACGCGAAGAAACGAAGCCCAUAAUCUAUUUUAAAAUUAAACAAAUUAUUGUUCUCACCACCCUUCCUAACAACCUUCACUUCCUCAAUAAAAAGACUUCCGUGAUCUCUCAUUUCUUUGCCACUGUCAACUGACUGGCACUAGAGGAAGCAUCAUGGAAGCUGGAGCUGCUGAAAAAAGAUGCGAAAUCGACACGAGCGUGCCAUUCCGGUCGGUGCACGAAGCUGUGAUUCUCUUCGGUGAAAGGGUCUUAGCAGGGAAGGUUUAUGCCAACAAACUCAAAGAGAUGCAAAAAUCAGCAGGUGAGAAUAAUUCAAGGGCUUCGAAGCUGGGAAUCGCAGCUGCAGAGCUUGAGGAGGCAAAGCACAGCUUGAAGAAAGCCAUGGAAGAAGGCCAAGAGAUGGCCAACACCCUCAAUUCCCUGAAAGAAGAAUUGGAGCAAACAAGAAAAGAACUCGAAAGAGUGAAGGCAAAGGAAUCCAACAAACACAGAGAACUUGAUGUUAAGACCAUUGAAGAAACAGUAGAAGAGGAAGAAACACUAAAAGUGGGAGAAACAGAUGCUAAACAUGAUCUACAGAAGAAGAGAUGUGUAUCAUUUGCCAACCCACCAUCUCUUGCUGAAGUUUUGAGCUCGGGAGUUGCCGACUUGCCAUCAAAGAAAGGAAGCCAAGGCUUUGAUGGGACUGGUGGUGGAACCAUGAACAAGGCAGUACAACCAGCAUAUGGAAAGGUACAAGAAGAAGCUGUUCUAGAGAGAUACCCAUCAAUAAAAAAGAAAAAGAAGCCACUGAUUCCUUUGUUUGGACUCUUUAAGAAGGGUUCUCAAGAAGUAGCCUCUCCUAAAGCUCCAGUCCAGUGAGCUUGUGCUCACCCUUAAAGGGCUUUGUGGAAUCAAGAUCAAGACUGGGGAGGUUGCAAUUUUCAAAUAAAAAGCACAUAGAUUUGAGCUCCAACAUGUGGUUCUCUUUAGCUUAAAUAAGAGUUGGGCAUUAUUUUUUGAAAGCAAAAAGAGUUUAUGUUCUUGCCCUUUGUGGGGUGGUUUAUAUGAUCUUUUGGGGGAUUUGUUGGGUUUUGAAUGUAAAGCGAACAAAAGAACAAAAAAAAGAAGAGAAAAAGAAAAAGUUGGUAAUUAAGGAAAGGUGAUAUGCUUCACUUAGCAUGUUGGAAAUGGAUAGGCCAAAUUUGCAGUUACUUUGAAUUGAAGGCUCGAAACAAUGAAAGAGUACUUGUUUGAAGAUGGGUGUGCAAAAUGAGAGUUACGGGCAUCUUUCUUUCCAAUCCUGAGCUUUAGCUUUUGUUUU